AUGUACAACGAAAGUCACAGUGCCUUUGAUUGUGAUUGGGCAAACGGGUUCACGGACAUAAUAUACUGCGUAUUAACCCACUUGUUCGACGCAUCAGCGAAGUCCCCACAAGGUCUGCUUUUUGGUUCAUCCUACCAUUUGGGUAACUUUGACGAGUGUAUGGAUAUAAAUGAACCAGGAGAUGGGUUGACUGUUGAGGGACAAUACUGCCUUGCGACUAUUAAAUGGAGGGAAGGAGAGGAAACCAAAAAGAUCCGCACUGGUCGUGGUGAGAGUCUACGUUGGGCAGUCUGUGUACCAAGUGUAUGCGAUGCGCGAUCAGUCGAGCGAUUUGUUGGCGGUGUUUUGAAACAUUCCGUUGGAAAUACAACUAGAGUCGAAGUCAUUGAUAAGGAUUGCUAUACACGAAGACCGUUGAGUGUUAAUAAGCUUGAUAUUACAUUUAUUGUUAUCAUUGUUUUUUUUGGCGUUGUACUGACGUUCACCACAAUAUAUGAGAUAUAUGCUAUACGACACAACAAAAAGGGAGGUACGGCUCAUGAUCUCAUUGUGUCCUUUUCACUUAUUAAUAAUAUGAAAAAAAUACUUUCGACAAAGCAGAAUAAUAGCUUGGGACUGGAAUGCGUCACUGGAAUGAGGGCAUUGGCAAUGAUUUUUAUAGUAGCAGGUCACGCCUGUCUAUUUAUAGGGAGUGGCCCAGUCAUGGACGCCAAAGCUUGGGAUAGGUUAAUCCAGGAUCCAUUAAACUCGUUUAUGUUGAAUAAUGCACUUUUAGUGGACACUUUCCUCUUCCUUAGUGCUUUUCUCUUUAGCCGUUUAUUACUGAUCGAGUUGGAUAAACGCAGAGGCAGGCUAAAUUUUAUACCAAUAUUGAUCUUCCGAUAUAUAAGGGUUACACCGGCGUACUUAGUAGUCAUUCUGUUCUACAUGACAUGGCUAUCGAAAAUUGGCGAGGGUCCUCUCUGGGGUAACAAAAUACAAUUAGAGCAAGAACGGUGCAUGGAUACUUGGUGGGCCAAUAUAUUGUAUAUCAGUAAUUACGUGAUGACAGAUCGUAUGUGUAUGUUCCAGUCCUGGUACUUAUCAGUAGACACUCAAAUGUUCUUCGUGGCUCCCAUAUUCAUUUACAGUAUGUGGCACUGGAGAAGAUUUGGAUCUGCCUUAAUUGCGAUGGCAAUUAUAGUAUCUCUCGUUGUACCAUCAGCAAUCACAUACAAAGACCAUUUGGAUCCAACCAUUUUGUUUUAUGCGAAAGAAUUCACGGACUUCGACACAAACUUCUACUUCGUGGAAGCGUAUAUCAGAACACAUAUGAAGAUGACCCCUUACUUCAUGGGACUGCUCACUGGAUAUAUUCUCCACAGAAUACAAUCAGAAAAUUAUCAAUUCUCAAACCUCCUAAAGACUUUCGGCUGGAGUACCAGCGUAAUUUUGGGCACCGUGACCACCUUCUCCGUGAGCCUGUUCUACCAGGACUGGUACGAGUACAGCACAAUCGAAGCCGCGGCAUACAUAUCUUUACACAAAUUUGCAUGGAGCAUCGCUAAUGGCUGGCUUAUAAUUGCUUGCGCUACCGGAAAUGGAGGCGUUUUAGGAAAGCUUUUAGCGUGGAGAUUUUUAGUGCCAAUAUCAAAGUUAACAUUUUGCGCUUACCUAGUCAAUGGCGUCGUGGAGUUGUACUACGUGGGACAGUUGCGACAUCCUCUGCAUAUAACCUUCUUUACAAUAGCGGCGAAUGCAAUCUCCCAUUUGGUAUUAACAUUUUUCCUUGCCCUGAUUCUGUGUAUAAUGUUUGAGUCACCAUUACACGGCAUCGAGAAAAUACUGUUGCGGAGAUUUUCUCGUCCAGUCCUUAGUGACAACGCAACGAGGAAGACUGAAGACGAAUUCUCACGUAAUACUAGUCAGAGUAGGUUAGACACGUAG